CCUAAUGCAAAAACCCACAACCUCAUCCAAGGCUGUCACAUCACUCACUGGCUUUUUGCCGGGGUUUAAGGUGACUCUGAUGUCAUUUGCUGGGUUGACUUUAAAAGCAGCGCAAUGGGUUCAGGGCUGGAAGAACGAUCCGGGUUGCGACCAGGAGAAGGGUCGAGCUCUCAACUCGCAGCUCCGGCAUGGGCGCCAGCCUCAUCCACCACGCUCUUCUGAUGCUGCAGCUCGCCGCAGCCCUUGGCUCCUCACUCGUCAGAUACACUCCUCUGGUCAGGCUUGAUAUAGACUCAGGACCUCAACAGGACUGGGGUCAGCAGAUCCGAUUCAAGCACCUGUACAUGGAAGGCAACAACAAACACUUGCAAAUCAACCCCGAUGGACGCAUCGACAGCUCGCACGCCCAGAACUUUUACACUCUGGUCGAGAUCAAAGCAGUGGAACCUGGGCAGGUGGUGAUCCGAGGGGUGAGAACAGGCCGGUACCUGUGCAUGGACGCCUGGGGACACAUCUUUGGAUCGACGACCUACCGUGAAGAUGAUUGCAACUUCAAGGAGGAGCAGUUAGAAACGUUUUACAACGUGUAUCACUCACCGAGGCACAAGAAGGUGCUUUCUUUGAGUGUGGAGAAACAUCCGUACAACCCCGACAGAGAAAUGCCUCCUCUUUCUAUGUUUUUGCCUCGAGAAAACGAGUUGCCUACCCCUACACACAGCAGGCGGACACCAGAGAUGGUGACUAACGAUCCCUUUCAGAUGAGAUCCGUACAGCAGGCGAGUUCGAAACAGCUCAGAGUUAGCAGAGGGUAAAGGGACACUCCCGCCGUUUCAGGGGUUUGAAACUCCGAUCACUGCGAUGGCAUAGGUCAAAAGUACUGUUCCUUGGGUUCGAUUCUACAUAAUAAUUACCUUGCACGGCCAACCUAGUUCGGAAUGGAAAAGAGACGUAAGAAUAGGCGCGGGCCAAUUGAAGGACUGCUGGCACAGUUAAGGCAGAAGAUGUCCUCAAUUAAUCUUGCUACGACCACAAAGAUUCCAUUGGAAUAUUCAGUUGUGUCUUACGCGGUUCCAGGAUCUUAAUUUCAAUCACUCUCUCUGCUGUUUAUUUGAUACAUUGUUCGGCUUUUGUGUAAAAAAAAACAUGUAAAAAAACAAACGCCUUUUUACCAGUUUAGACGAAAUCCUGUUUAAAGUAUUACUGAGAGCCUUCCCGUACCGAUGUACAAGAUGUGACCCUUCCAUGAUUCUGGAAACUUAUUCAUAUCUCUGAACUCAUCGCCUUCUCGGUGCACUGCCGAAAAAUUUCGAAUUUCUCCGUGAAGAGAAAUGGGUGUGGUACUCCAACCAAAGCAAGUGGAAGAGUAAUCAGCUCGUUCUCUGCAUUGUCCGUUAUGAGAUGUUCAGUGGCCUAUGCAGUUUAAUAAGCCUUACAGAUAUUUUGGCUUAAUUUGUGGUGACUUUAAACCAUUGAGGAAUUUGUAUGAUGCCCAUUCCUCUCUUCAUUCAUUCUGUGGCCUGCCCCCAUUCAUACAUUAACUCCAACUCCUUCCAAUGACUUCAUAGACUUGAUGUUUUUGGAAUAUAUGGUUACUGUGCGUUGAGGAACCUGAACCAGCUUGUCAACGUCAGCCAGCAGUGGUAUUAGUCUCAAUACUAUGGCCUGGCUAUCACACAAUCCUUCUUCAACCUUGACAUAACCUCUCCAACCAGCAGAGAGUUUUUGUACUCUUCAACUCUUCUCGUUUCAUGUCCAGCCUACCUUAAAGUUUGAACUGAACUCAUUGCUUUCUGUGCAAGGCUUUGUCAGAUGUCUCUGGAAUCCAAGUAGAGUGUCCUUUGAAACCAAACUAAAACCCUUGGAUUGCUGCUUCUUAACACGGGGCAGACUGAGCAGAUUCUUUCCCUUCCAAAUCCCAGUGGGUUGAAUAGCCACCUUAUCUUGGGAUACUUCCUAAUUUAAUAGAUAUUGGAGAUCAGAAGGACAAUGUAAAUGCUUUUUAUUUCACAUAUGCAAAUAACUUGAAUCACUCCUGCAUAUAAAGUAGGCUAAUCUCAUGCAUGAAGUUGUAUUGCCUACUCUGAAUUAUCUAUUUAUUUUAAAUUAUUGCUGUCAUUAUUUAUAUUUAUAUGUAUAUGCAACUACUUUUUAUAAGGUUUUUUAACUUAAGUGGUGAUUUGUA